AUGUUUAUCGACGACGAAGUAGCAUUACGAGAAUGGCUCGUUGCAACACUCGAACCAUUAUGCGAUGCUGAACCAAUCGCUUUAGCUCGUUAUGUUCUUGCUCUCGUUGCUAAAGAUAAACCAUUAGAUAAAUUACGUGAAAAUUGUAUUGAUCGACUUGAAGUUUUUCUUGAUCGAGCAACGAAAGAUUUUGUUGAUCAAUUAUUUGAUGUUAUUCGGAAUGGACGCUAUAUUCCUGAAGCAAAAAAAGUUGAAAAUGUUCAACCAAAAGCAAGUGAAGUAAAUGAAGAUAAAUCAGGUGAAUCAUCUGAAAUAGUUGAACAACAAAUUUCAGCAUCGCCAGCAAAACAGGAAAAUGAACAACAACAAAUUCCAUCAACUUCUCAAACAACAUCACCAUCUGAACAUUCAAUAAGUACACAACAACAAUCAUCUGGAGCUAUAAUUCAACCUGUUAAAAGACGUUAUUCAUAUCGUUCAUCAUCAAAUCGUCAUCAUUCACCAAAUCCACGUCGACAUGUGAAUACAAGUAGUGGUGGUGCUAAUCGUCAUCAAAUAGCAUCACAUUAUCGUCAAACAACAAAUUCAAAUAAUCAACGUUCACAUCGUUCAUCAUCACGCUCGCGUUCUAUAUCACCACCACCAGCUAAACGUACACAACGUUCAUAUUCACAUUCAUCAACCGGUUCAUCAUCACGUUCAUCACCAUCACGUCAAACAAAUAUAAUUCAUCCACCAUUAACAACAAAUACAAAUUUUUUAUACAAAAAAAUUCCAUGUAGUGACUUUUUUGAAAAUAAAGGUUAUUGUGCUCUUGGUGAUUCAUGUCCAUAUGAUCAUGGUACAAAUGCUGUGGUUUUCGAACAACAACAACAACAACAACAACAACAACAACAACAACAACAACAACAACAACAACAGCAACAGCAACAGCAACAACAGCACCAGCAGCAACACCAACAAGCAGCUUAUUAUCCACCUUAUCAACAAUAUGGAAUGCCACCACCUCAUCUUCAUCCUCAUUAUCAUGAAUAUAAUCCUGAAGCACCUGAUUUAAAACAUGGACCACAUCCAGCUCCACCAAUAUUUAUGAGACACCCGAUGCAUCAUCAUCCACGUAUGCAAGGACCACCAUUACCACCGGGACAACCUCAACCAUCUCAACAACAGCUAAUGAUCAAUCCACAACGUACACUUGUUACUGUGGUUACGAAUGCUGAACCAUUACCACUUGAACAAAAAAUGCGACAAAAUGAUAUAAUGGGUAUGUCGUCCAGUGGCCCUAUUCCUCCUGUGAUUCACACGAAACGACAUGUUACUACUGGACUUUAUCCAAGUGAUCGACGAAUACAACAACAUGAACAUCCAUCGAAUAACGAUUCAAAUAUUAAUACUAAUACUACUAUUCCAACUAAUAAUAGUAAUAGUAGUCAUUCUAAUACUAAUAAUGGAUAUACUAAUCGAGGAUGGAAACGUCCAUGGCAAAAACCUGAUGGAUCUGGAUCAGCGCCAGCAACACUUGAAAUACGUAAAAUUCCCGUUGAAUUUAAUACUAUUUCAAAAUUAAAUGAACAUUUUAGUAAAUUUGGUACUGUUACUAACGUUCAGAUUGCUUAUGAUGGAUCACCUGAUUCAGCUCUUGUCGCAUAUGCAACAUUACAUGAAGCUGAAACAGCAUAUAAAAAUCCUCAACCAUUGUUUAACAAUCGUUUCAUUAAAAUAUUUUGGCAUAACAGUAAUAAAGGACAAGCUUCUGGUAACAAUAACAAUAAUUCAAAUCAAUCAACACAACAACAACAACAGCAACAGAAACCAUCAUCAACUGAUGUCACAUCAACAACAAAGUCAACAUCAAAUGCCCCUAAUCCAAUGAAACGUCAUUGGAUGAAAAUGCAACAAUUAUCAGGAAAUAAAUCUGAACAAAGUACAAUACCAACAAAUAAACCUGAAGAAACAAAAACUACUCCUCAACCAACUUCAACCCCAGCUACAGUACCAAAUCCACCACCAUCAAAUAAACCAAUCGUAUUACCAUCAUCAAAAAAAACCAGUAUACCAUCAUCAACAAUAACAAAAAAGGAUGCAGUAAAAAAAGCAGCUUUCGAAAUUCACUGUAAAAAACAAGGUUUAUUAGAAGAACAAAUUCAACAACAAAAAUUACUUUUAAAAAAACUUGAAACAGCUGAAACAAAUGCUGAAAAAGAAUCAAUACGUGCUUUAAUGAAACAAGUUGAUACAACAGUUGUUACGCUUAAAGAUUCACUUCGUUUAACAUCAUCAAUUAAAUCAUCAUCAACAACAGUACCCACAAAACCAACGAUAACACCACCACCGCCAACAGCAGCAACGACUAAAAUUAGUCAACAAGAUGUUCUUAAACAACGUGAAAAAACAUUACAAAAACAACUUGAAACUCUUAGAGCUAAAACAUCAGCAGAUAUGCGUCGUGCCAUGAGUAAUACACUAGGUCAAUCGUCAUUAAAUUUUACUAAUGUUCUCAAUGAAAGUGAUCCUACAAUAAAAUCAUCAGCAAAUGAUGCAUUAAAAUUUAUCGAACAAAGGCAACAACAAAUUCUAAUUAAAAAUAUAAAGGAUUUACCAAGAAAUGAAUUAGAAGAGUUUCUUAAGAAAUCUGGAGCUAUAAAAAUUCAAUCGAAUGAUGCGGAUAAUUCAUUACUUGUUAUAUAUUCUUCAACAGCUGAUGUUGAUAAAGUACGAAAAAAUGGAUUAACAUUUAAAGAUCGUAAUCUUGAUAUAGAUUUUAAUGAAGAUUCAUCAUUGAAUAUUAGUGGUAAAAAAAGAACAUUAUCUGAAACAAUGGAAGAUGAAUUACUUGGAGCAACAUCAAAUGAAAUAACUAAUAAUAAUGACGAUGAUGAUGAACCAGAAACAAAACGAAAAAAUCAAAAUCAAACAAGUGAUGUUGAAGAAAAUGAAGAAGUUGAUGAAUAUGGUGAUGAAGAAGAACGUUUAUUAGCUGAUUGUGAAAAGUCAACCGAUGACAAUGCAACAAAACGUACAAAUCUUUCAUUUGAUAAUAAUGAUGAAUCAAAUCAACAAUAUGAAUUCGAACCUAAUGAUCUUGUUGAUGAAAUUCAAUUACUCGAUUCUUGA